GGCUCCUUUUAAUUCACUGGGACAAUUCAGUUCUCAAGAACUGAGAAUGUGUGGUGGAAAUCCAAAACAAUAGAAAAGAUCAACUCUCAGUUCAUCCUUUAACAUGGUAUAAAGAAUAACUCAAAGGUAUGGGGGCCUCUACUGUACCAUGUAAAGAAAAGUGUUCAAGUUCGUCUGGUUCGUUGACAGUGUAUGCUUAUUACACUGUUUGUCUAAGUCUUUCUAUCCCUGAGCAAAACCAACUGUUACAAAAUCUGAAAUUUUGAGGAAUAAAACGACAGCUUGAAGAAACCGAGAGCUACAGCGCUUGACUCCCAGUCAUCACCGAGUUUCGAUUUGACUUUUCAGUGUUCCCUUUUUCGUUCGGGGCUGAGAAACGUUUACCCCAGGUCUACAGGUUUUCCUCAAGGCUUGUCAAUCACUGCUCUGCUUCCUCACCCAGUAAGUCCACGCCUUUGAAUCUGCAGUAUUUAGAGCCGAUGUAAACUAGGUUUGUUAACUUAAUUACGUUUGUCUUUAUUUCAGGAUGUUGGCAGGGCAUAUCCAUAUUGUGCAUGUAGACAUUAACAGAUUACCACUGUUUUGCUUGCUUUUUGGUUACUUUAUAUAAGGUGCAGUAAAAAGCAAGAAAAGAUGGAUUUUAAACUUCUUGUUCUUUCUGCUUAUUUUCAAGUGUUUUACAGGACCAUUGACUGUAACUACUGGAUCGCAGAAAUACCCAGAAAAAUCAGUGCAGUGAAGGGGUCAUGCGUGAAUAUCCCCUGUCACUUUGACUACCCUGGCCCCAGGCACCCUGCAAGAGAUUUUGUUGGAAUCUGGUACCAUGGUUACUUCACCGCCAUGGUUUACAACAGCAAAGACAUCAAUCUGGCCAAUUCCAAGUUCAGGCACCGCACAAAACUGACUGGCUCGCUUGAAAGCAAUAACUGCUCCCUCCAAAUCAUUAAACUAACUCCUGAAGACUCGCUCACAUACAUGUUCCGAGUAGAGAUCAAGGACACUCAGAAGUAUACUUACACACAGGUGACUUCUCAGCUGAUAGUUUCAGAGACUCCAGAGAAACCUCAAAUGAAUUGUCCGCUGACCCUAACUGAAGGUGUUAGUGUACCUAUAGUCUGUACCAUAAAAUACACCUGUGUCAAAACCCCCCCUCAACUAAUGUGGAGUUACAGUAAGGGCUCUAUCAACACCAUACACGAGCCAAUGCUGGGCGGGGUGUGGGAAGUGAAAUCAGUCCUCACCUUCAUUCCUGCGUCCAAGGAUCACUCCCAGAUUCUUCAGUGUCGAGCUCUCUAUUCGGAUAUCAAUGAUUUAAUAUCGCCAGGACCCAGCUGCAAGCUUAAUGUGCAAUAUGCCCCCCAAAAUCUUUCCAUUCUUCUCAGAGGGUCUGCUGGUGGUAUAAAAGAAGGAGGUCAUGUUUCUCUGAGCUGUGUCAGUGACAGCAACCCUCCAGCUUUCACGUACAGUUGGUACAGAGUUAUAAACAAGGACAAUAUACGUUUACAGGCAAAAACCAUGGAUAUUACAGUGAUGAAUGUGACUAGUGAGGCGAGCGAAUAUUACUGCUCGGCACAAAAUGAUGUGGGAAUUGGAACGUCUAAACCCAUCCACUUGGUGGUUCAGUAUGCCCCCCGACAUCUUUCUGUUGUUGUCAGUGGGUCUGCUAGUGGUAUAAAAGAAGGAGGUCAUGUUUCUCUGAGCUGUGUCAGUGACAGCAACCCUCCAGCUUUCACUUACAGUUGGUACAGAGUUAUAAACAAGGACAAUAUACGGUUAAUGGCAGAAACCAUGGAUAUUACAUUGAUGAAUGUGACUAGAGAGGAGAGCGAGUAUUACUGCUCUGCACAAAAUGAUGUGGGAAUUGGAACAUCUAAACCCAUCCACUUGGCUAUACAAUAUGCCCCAAAAAACGUUUCCGUUCUUGUCAGAGGGUCUGCUCAUGUUGUAAAGGAAGGAGAUGAUGUCUCUCUGAGCUGUGUCAGUGACAGCAACCCUCCAGCUUUCACAUACAGCUGGCACAGAGUUACGAGCAAUGAAACUAUACAGUUACAGGCAGAAGCCAUGGACAUUACAGUGGAGAACGUGACCAGUGAUGGCAACCAGUAUUACUGCUCUGCACAUAAUGAUGUUGGAAUUGGAACCUCUAAACCACUACACUUGAUGGUUCAGUAUGCCCCCAGACAUCUUUCUGUUGUUGUCAGAGCGUCUCCUAGUGGUAUAAAAGAAGGAGGUCAUGUUUCUCUGAGCUGUGUCAGUGACAGCAACCCUCCAGCUUUCACUUACAGUUGGUACAGAGUUAUAAACAAGGACAAUAUACGGUUAAUGGCAGAAACCAUGGAUAUUACAUUGAUGAAUGUGACUAGAGAGGAGAGCGAGUAUUACUGCUCUGCACAAAAUGAUGUGGGAAUUGGAACAUCUAAACCCAUCCACUUGGCUAUACAAUAUGCCCCAAAAAACGUUUCCGUUCUUGUCAGAGGGUCUGCUCAUGGUGUAAAGGAAGGAGAUGAUGUCUCUCUGAGCUGUGUCAGUGACAGCAACCCUCCAGCUUUCACAUACAGCUGGCACAGAGUUACGAGCAAUGAAACUAUACAGUUACAGGCAGAAGCCAUGGACAUUACAGUGGAGAACGUGACCAGUGAUGGCAACCAGUAUUACUGCUCUGCACAUAAUGAUGUUGGAAUUGGAACCUCUAAACCACUACACUUGAUGGUUCAGUAUGCCCCCAGACAUCUUUCUGUUGUUGUCAGAGCGUCUCCUAGUGGUAUAAAAGAAGGAGGUCAUGUUUCUCUGAGCUGUGUCAGUGACAGCAACCCUCCAGCUUUCACUUACAGUUGGUACAGAGUUAUAAACAAGGACAAUAUACGGUUAAUGGCAGAAACCAUGGAUAUUACAUUGAUGAAUGUGACUAGAGAGGAGAGCGAGUAUUACUGCUCUGCACAAAAUGAUGUGGGAAUUGGAACAUCUAAACCCAUCCACUUGGCUAUACAAUAUGCCCCAAAAAAUGUUUCCGUUCUUGUCAGAGGGUCUGCUCAUGGUGUAAAGGAAGGAGAUGAUGUCUCUCUGAGCUGUGUCAGUGACAGCAACCCUCCAGCUUUCACAUACAGCUGGCACAGAGUUACGAGCAAUGAAACUAUACAGUUACAGGCAGAAGCCAUGGACAUUACAGUGGAGAACGUGACCAGUGAUGGCAACCAGUAUUACUGCUCUGCACAUAAUGAUGUUGGAAUUGGAACCUCUAAACCACUACCCUUGAUGGUUCAGUAUGCCCCCCGACAUCUUUCUGUUGUUGUCAGUGGGUCUGCUAGUGGUAUAAAAGAAGGAGGUCAUGUUUCUCUGAGCUGUGUCAGUGACAGCAACCCUCCAGCUUUCACUUACAGUUGGUACAGAGUUAUAAACAACGACAACAUACGGUUAAUGGCAGAAACCAUGGAUAUUACAGUGGAGAAUGUGACUAGUGAGGAGAGCGAGUAUUACUGCUCUGCACAAAAUGAUGUGGGAAUUGGAACGUCUAAACCCAUCCACUUGGCUAUACAAUAUGCCCCCAGAAAUCUUUCUGUUAUUGUGAGAUGGUCCUCGGGUGGUAUAAAAGAAGGAGAUCGUGUUUCUCUGAGCUGUGUCAGUGACAGCAACCCCCCAACCUUCAAAUACAGCUGGUACAGAGUUAUGAGCAAUGAAUCUGUGCUGCUACAUGAAGAAACCAUGGACAUCACAGUGGAGAACAUGACUAGUGAAGGGGUGCUGUAUUACUGCUCCGCGCAUAAUGAUGUGGGGUUUGGAACCUCUACUCCCAUACACUUGGGUGACCAGUAUGCCCCAAGAAAUGUUUCCGUUCUUCUCAGAGGGUCUGCUGGUGGUAUAAAAGAAGGCGAUCGUGUUUCUCUGAGCUGUGUCAGUGACAGCAACCCCCCAGCUUUCACAUACAGUUGGUACAGAGUUAUAAACAAGGACAAUAUACGGUUAAUGGCAGAAACCAUGGAUAUUACAGUGAUGAAUGUGACUAGAGAGGAGAGCGAGUAUUACUGCUCUGCACAAAAUGAUGUGGGAAUUGGAACGUCCAAACCCAUCCACUUGGCUAUACAAUACAAGCCUGCAAUCUUGCUACAGUCUUCCUGUGUGAUUGGUCCCGAAGGGGUGACUUGCCAUUGCAUUGCAGAGUCAAACCCUCCAGCUAAUAUAACAUGGGAGAGACCAGAAAAUGAAGACCAACUCGCUCACAAUUCUCAGCUGUCCUCACUCAUCCGAGGUCAUCGAGUUACCAGUACUCUGCAGCGAGUCACAGUUACCCGUGGAGAAAUCUCUUGCCUGGCCACUAACAAACUAGGCAGUGCCUACCGUAACUUUUCAUUGCAAAAGCCUGAUCGCCACACAAAUGGGUUGAUAAUUGUCCCUGCUGUUCUCUUUGGAGUUGUUGUCGUCCUAGUUACUGUAGUGAUUUACCGCCGUAAAACAAGAACGGCUCUUCUCGUGGUAAAUGAAGAAAACAAAGACAACGAUACCAACGUCGGCGUUGAUGACAUGAUUCUGAAAAACAUGUAGAAGUUUUAGGAAUAGCAGAGCCAGACAAUAACCCACUACUGGAGAAAAGAAGAUCUUUGGCAAACUUUAUUUUGUAUACCAUCAUUGUAAUUAUUUUCUGUUAAUAAUCCUAAUAGUACAUUUAGGAGUUUUUCUUUGUGUGUGGUUUAUUCUAUAACUGCAGAAAAGCAUAUCUGCGUUAGUCAGGAUAAAAAACACGGUCCUAAAUCUUUUAUGCAUGUAGUAUAUAUAUUUUUGCACAAUUGUACCAUCUGAUUCAAAUAAAGUUAUUAAAUAGUGUUGCUAAUAACUUUGAUCUGUCCUGUGUAAUGCUAGCAAAUUCUGUGCACAUUCCUCUAUCCAAAUCUAAUAUUCUCACAAUAUGUAUUAUUGGACAUUUUUGAUGAAUAUUUUUAAUAAACUUAUAAAGCUUAGAAAGAUUAUGACUAACAUGGUUUCUAACAAAUGCCUUAUAUUUAAUAACUUUGAUAUUGCUUUGUUUUAAAUAAUACAUGUGACAAUUGUGUAACAUUUUCAGAGUGUACACUUAUCAGAGAGGAGUUUCACAUCUUGGUACAUUUCGCAUCAUCAUUAUGCUCCAUUUCACUCAUGAAAUACAAUCCCCAAUGAACCUAGUCUCCACCUUCUUACUAUCCUUACUUGUAUGGGUCUGAA